AUGAGUCUGAGCCGCGUCGCAACAGUAACAGGGGCGGCGCAGGGCUUCGGGCGUGCCAUUGCUCUGAGGCUGGCUAGGGACGGCUUGAACGUUGCUGUCUCCGAUAUCCCAGCCCAGCAGUCCGAGCUCGAGGCCGUGGCGCAGGACAUCAAAGCUCAAGGUCGAGCAUCCAUGGCCGUACAAGCGGACGUUAGAGUGGAGAAGGAUUUGAACAACAUGGUUGAGACUAUUGCAGACAAACCAGGUGGACUUGAUGUGAUGGUUGCCAAUGCCGGGGUAACCGUCGCAAAACCCUUCCUUGACACGACACUGGAAGACUUAGAUACUAUGUCCUCGGUCAACUUCAAAGGAGUAUUCCUAUGCUAUAAAGCCGCUGCGCGGGUCAUGAUUGCGCAGAACCGUGGAGGAAGGAUAAUAGGCCUGCCGGAGUUGACCGCUUACUGUGCGAGCAAAUUUGCGGUUCGAGCACUAACUCAAACCGCCGGUGAGUCGCCAUCACAAGACCUCGGGUGGGUACCUCAUUGCUUGCUCGGAGCGCGUGCGAUACUCGCAAGGCCCGGAGAGCCCGAGGAAAUUGCGAACGCUGUCUCUUUCCUAGCAUCGAAGGAAUCUAGUUUCAUAACAGGUGCGGUUCACUGA